AUGAGACCUCGAAAAGGCCGAGAUCCAAUCCAAUUCGAACCACGCGCCCACGCCCAGCGCACUUGCCUUGCCCCGCACUCUGGCGGCGUGCUCGCAGCCAAUCAGAAGCCAAAGCACGCAACCAAUGCUUGGCUCCUCGCCGGGCGAAAGCGAGGAACCACAACGCUCCUCGGCCCUCUGCGAGAUGCUUUCAACAUGCUUGAUGCGAGCAAGAGCUUAUCCGAGGUUCGGCUGUCCGAGAACGGCAACCCGCAACAGCCUCGCCCAGCCCCGCCUCGCUUCUUCCAAAUACAGCAAGGCCUCGCACGCGAGCGUGGCGGCCCUCCUCCCUUUCUCCUCCAGGCACCGCCCUCGUCCCUCCAUACAACUCGCCUCGCCUCGCCGUCACCCUCACCCUCUCUCCGACCAUUCAACUCUGGCCUUGUCCACCACACCGACCCUAGAUCCGGCACGCUGCUGGACGCUCAGCGUAGCAUGGCCGCCGUCGCACCACCCCGUCAUGCGCCUCUCGCCAUGACCACUGCCGCUCCGUCCUCCUACAGCACAGCGCCGCUGCCGUCGCUACCCAACGCCGACGCAGCCUCGCAGCCCCCACGCCCACUGAUCCGCACACCGCAGCCUCAGUCGGACGAACCUCGCCAUCCGAUUAAACGCAAAUGGCGAUCGCUCGUCAACUUCUUUGCGCUCCCCAUCCGCGCCUACUACCUCGAACCGCCCGGAGAGGCCUACCGCGCAGAGCUCCGCGCAAGGAGAGCAAACAUGUGGGACGAGAACGGCCUUCAGUACAACAUUUGGCCGUGUCCCGCUUACACUGAUCAAGUGGGCGACGACGAGAUGGUGCUCUUCAAAGCCCAAGAAGAGGCCGAAGCCAUCGCUGCAGCGCACGCCCAAGCCAUGAGGAGGGACCAGCAAGCACACGCACAACAAGAGACCGACGACUCGAGCGAGGAUGACGAAGACGAGCGCGCCCAAGAGCCUGUCGCCGUGUCCUCGGUGUGGCCCCAGACACCACCAGAAGGCGGACCCAUGCGCGCAUUCGGCAUGCCGUUUGCGGAACCUUCGCCACGCUACGAACGCAGUGAUCCGCUCGCUGUUGCCACGCCGCCCACUCGCCGGCGUGUCCGCACAGCGAGCAAUGACGCUCUCACCGCACCGAACUUUGCCAACGGCAUCACAAUGUCCCGCCACACUUCCACUCCGCUCUCUGCCUCCUCUCCCGCUCCGGGAGCUGCGGCGUCGUUCUUGUCGCGCAGAUCGCGCGCGCAGUCGAGCGCAACUCGUCCUUCCACCAGCGCUUCAGGGCGCACCAUCUCGGAACCACUCAGCUGGACCCUGGUGCGCUCCCAGUACUCGUACCCCAAGCGUGGCCUCACCGCUCAGCAGCUCUCGUUCCUCAGCUCCGUAGAGAGCCUCGGCCGAUUCGGCGUGCCUCUUUCCGCCGCGCCCUCCGCAGCACCCUCCCCAGCAUACGAACACAGCCCCUCGGCCACAGAUUACGGCUUUCCCACCGUCAAUUCCCGUUCAUGA